AUUUCUUAUUCUCCUUUCAUCAAAACCUCAACACACAAAUUCGGAUGAAAUUUGCAAAAUAAUAUCUAAAGUGGACGAAUAGAGUGGGUGAUUAAUUGUGAUGUCAGGGUACAGCUACUUGCACAGUGCAAACGGGUUUUGUGUUUCGGCUCUGUGUGUUUGCAUUUUUUUUCAUGUUAGUUAUUGAAGAAAACAGGGGGGUAGGAAUACUUUCUUUGCGGCGGGUGCGUUUUGCUGUGCGGCGGUGCAUGCAAUGCAACCACAGCAACCUGGACGGCGCGAUCCUGGGCCACACGAAGCACACACACACAGGUCGGGCUUACUGCAUCUUGCUGCUCGUCGAUAGCGGUCAGUCGUCUUUCGGAGCGCACCAUUAGCGGACGCCGGGCUAAGAGGAGCUUUUUUGAGCCAGUGGCAGCUGUACAGCUUUACUUUAGUGUGUGUGUGUGUCUGUGAGAGGGAGAGUGUGUGUAUGUGUUCCAGUGUGUCAGUGUGUCACAGUUUCAAAGAAUCACAUUCAGGAGCAACUUCAAACGGCAUCUCUCCUCAAAAAAAAAAACAACAACGCGGGAUUGCUAUGACUUUUUUAUCACUGUGCGUGUAUGUUUAUGUUUAUGUGUGCUAUAUGAGUGAGUGCGUCUCGUGAUUUGGUUUCCAAAUCAACGGAGAACGUUUUCCAGAGCGUUUGGCACGUGGUAUUAUUUGCCACCGAAGGCCACUCCUCGUCCCCGUGUAUCGAUUAAUAAAAGAAGCAUCCCGGGUAAAGGGUGAUCCUGUCAGCUAGCCUGCUCAUUCUGGGGCUAGGCUGGACAGGUGUCGACAGGCUUCCCCAAUCGGGAAACGGAUCGCCAGACGUCAACGAAAUUUUUUAAAUCAAAUAGUACACACACUUAACGCAACGAGGUGGAAAAUAGAGGCACAACACCCAUCGACGCGCAACACGACAUGCGAUUUGGUGCCACCGCGAAGGCUCUCUCUUGAAGUGACCAGCAGCUCCCCGUUCGCUCCUAUCUGGAAGUGUGACGCUUCUGGCUAACAACUCAGUACAUCAAGACACAUACCCAAUUCCACACGAUGAUGUUUAAAGCCUCGCCCGAGUCGAAGGACCUGUUCGGCAAGGACGUCCCGGACGAGAACAAUAACGUUGCGGCAGAUGAGCUUACCGACUCGCUCGUCCCGUUCUACGAAGGCAAGAACGUGCUGGUGACCGGCGGGACUGGCUUCCUGGGCAAGGUGUUGAUCGAGAAGCUUCUGCGUUCGUGCGUGGGCAUCAGCACCGUCUACAUGCUGCUUCGUCCAAAGCGGGGCAUGACCAGCGAACAGCGCUACCGGGAGUUUGUGCGACAUCCGGUGUUUGAGCGGAUUCGGUCGAAAACGCCGCAGUUGCUGGCAAAGCUGGUGUGCGUCGGGGGUGAUAUUUCGCUCCCACUGCUUGGCCUGUCGGACCAGGACCGCCACACGCUGGUCGAGCGUGUACAGGUUGUGUUCCACGUGGCGGCUACCGUACGCUUCAACGAGGCGCUCAUCGAGGCGGCCAUCCUGAACACGAUCGGCACCAAGCAGCUGCUCGAGCUGUGCAUCGGGAUGCGCCAGCUGCAAAGCGUGGUGCACGUGUCGACGGCGUACAGCAACGCGUGCCGGCGGGAGGUGGACGAGGUUGUGUAUCCGCCCCCGAUGGACCCAGACCGCUUCAUCCAGUGCGUGCAGUUGCUGCCGGGUGAGGUGAUCGGUGCAAUCGCAGGCCAGCUGCAAGGCGCCCACCCGAACACCUACACCCUGACGAAAGCGAUCACGGAGCAGCUGGUGGCACAGUAUGCAGACCGACUGCCGCUCUGUAUCGUGCGCCCCUCGAUCGUAACCGGCGCGAUGGCGGAACCGUACCCGGGUUGGAUCGACAACGUGCACGGCAUCACCGGCAUCAUGAUGGAGAUUGGGCGCGGAACCAUCAGCAGUAUCAUGUGCGACGAACGCUGCACAAUGGACGUCAUCCCUGUGGACGUCGUCUGCAACACGUUGAUUGCUGCGGCGUGGGAAAACGCCAACACUACCACGACACCGGUACGCGUGUACAACUGCACGUCUGGGCAGGUAAACGGCAUCAAGUGGCACGAGUACGGCCGGAUCACGCAACGAUGCGCGGUGCGUAACCCGACCAAGCACGUUCUGCUAUAUCCGGGCUUCCAAUUCCGCACGAACCGGCUGGUGCACAAGCUGGUUGAGUUGGUGCUGCACUUCCUACCCGCCUACCUGUUCGAUGCGCUGGUACGGGCUCGCGGCGGCCAGCCAAUCAUGACCCGGCUCGCGCGGCGCUUCCAGCGAGCCGCCGACACCGGCGAGUUCUUCGCCAUGCACGAGUGGAUAUUCCGGAACGGAAAUCUGCGCCGGCUUGGCGAUCGGGUGCGGCGGGACCGGGCCGCUCUGUCGUUCCGAUGCGAUGUGACCGGGCUGGACUGGGAGACGUAUAUCGAAGCGUACAUGCUUGGCAUCCGGCGGUUCGUGCUGUUGGAUGAGAUGGACAGUCUGGAGCAGGCGCGGGCCAAGCUGCGCCGGCUACUGUGGUUCAAGCGGACGGUACAGCUGGCCGGGCUACUCCUGCUGUACUAUAUGUGUGUACUUGUCUUUUACUCGGCAGUGGUCUAGGACUAUGUAUAUAUGUAUAUAUAUCUAUAUAUAAAGAGAGAGAGAGAGAAAGCGAGAGAGAGAGAGAAAGCGAGAGAGAGAGAGAGAAAGCGAGAGAGAGCGAGAGAGAGCGAGAGAGAGCGAGAGAGAGAGAGAGAGAAAGAGAGAUAGAGAGAGAAAGAAAGAGAGAGAGAAAGAGAGAGAGAGAAAGAGAGAGAGAGAGAGAGAAAGCGAGAGAGAGAGAGAGAGUAUGAGACAGAGAGAGGGAGAGAGAGAGAGAGAGAGAGAGAGAGAGACUCGGCUCGGUUGAGACGUUUAAACAUACACAACGGGGACAGGGGAAUUACUUUUUUUGUUGUGUUUUUUUUGGGGUUGUGUUGAGGGGUUUGGGCGGAAAGGUAAGCGAUAAACAGGAGUCAUAAAGACAACAAUCGCCAAUGUCUUUCUGUCGCUGAUUAUGUUUUCUGCAGCCCUUUACUAACACAGUGAUUAAACGAGAGUGUACCAAUUCACACACACA